AGAGCGUUUUGCAUACAAAAAAAAAUUAAUUAACAUGGAUACCAUCGAUCUUUUUCUCUAUCUUUUUCUCUCUGUUUUCACCUUUUAUCUCCUCCGGUGUAUGGCGGCGGCCCAUCUUCGCGGGCGUAAAACUCGACUCCCGCCGGGAACCCUUGGCCUCCCGUUUAUCGGAGAAACCCUCCAGUUAAUUUCUGCGUACAAAACGGAAAAUCCUGAACCGUUCAUCGAUGACCGUGUUUCAAAAUACGGCAGCAUUUUCACGACCCAUGUUUUUGGUGAACCGACGGUUUUCUCUGCUGACCCGGAAACGAACCGGUUUAUUUUGCAGAAUGAAGGUCGGCUUUUUGAGUCGAGUUAUCCCGGUUCGAUACAGAAUUUACUUGGGAGAUACUCUCUGUUGCUUAUGAGAGGAAGUCUACACAAACGAAUGCAUUCAUUAACUAUGAGUUUUGCUAAUUCUUCCAUUCUUAAAGAUCAUCUGUUGGGCGAUAUAGAUCGAUUGGUUAGGCUUAAUUUGGAUUCAUGGACCGGCAGGGUUUUCCUCAUGGACGAGGCUAAGAAGAUAACGUUUAAUCUAACAGUGAAGCAGUUGAUGAGUUUUGAUCCAUGUGAGUGGACAGAGAAUCUGAUGAAAGAGUAUAUGCUUGUUAUUGAAGGUUUCUUCUGCAUUCCUUUGCCUAUUUUCUCAUCCACCUAUCGCAAGGCCAUUCAAGCGAGAACGAAAGUAGCGGAGGCGUUGGGAUUGGUAGUGAGAGAUCGGAGAAAAGAACGAGACGGAGGAGAACGAAAGAAUGAUAUGUUGGAGGCAUUGUUCGAAGGAGACGGAGUUGAAGGAGUAGGAUUUUCCGAUGAGGAAAUUGUUGAUUUUAUACUGGCGUUGCUUGUUGCUGGCUAUGAAACUACCUCCACCAUCAUGACCCUUGCUGUAAAAUUCCUCACGGAGACACCCCGUGCUCUAUCACUACUUAAGGAAGAGCACGAGGAGAUCAGGUUAAGAAAAGGUGAAGUUAAGUCUUUACAAUGGGAAGAUUACAAGUCAAUGCCCUUCACUCAAUGCGUUGUUAAUGAAACUCUGCGAAUCGCUAACAUAAUUAGUGGAGUGUUCAGGAGAGCCAUGACUGACAUAAAUAUCAAAGGUUAUACCAUUCCAAAAGGUUGGAAGGUUUUUGCUUCUCUCCGAGCUGUUCAUCUAGACCAUGAACAUUUCAAAGAUGCGCGUACAUUUGAUCCAUGGAGGUGGCAGAGUAGUGCAGGACCGACAAGCUCACCUAACGUAUUCACACCAUUUGGUGGUGGACCUCGUCGAUGUCCUGGUUACGAGCUUGCUAGAGUGGAACUCUCUGUUUUCCUUCACCACUUGGUGACUCGUUUUAGUUGGGUUCCGGCUGAGGCAGAUAAGUUAGUUUUCUUCCCAACGACAAGGAUGCUGAAGCGAUAUCCAAUUAACGUCCAACAUCGAAGCUUGUUUGAGCAGAAAGAAGAAGAGAAGGGUUCGUGAGAUUGUAGAAUGCAGAGUGGAGGGAGGUGUAUGAAAGGUGUUAAAUAAGACAAUAGUAUAUAGGUGUUAGCAUAUACUUAGAAAAUUAAAUUAUUUGUAGUGAAUUGAGCAGAGAUUAACAUUCCUCUGAUCUGCAAGGGGAAUCAGGAAGAUUUUAUUCUGAGCAAUUGGUUAUUAUAUAAUAGUAAUGCACAGUUUUUAAUGUAUGUUAAUUAGCAUGAUUAAAGAUUUAA